GACUGAUAUGUCACAGCUCUCCAAAAAAUAUUAUUUUUCUAGCAGAAAAUUCCAAAAUCAAUAAUUGCUUGUGACAGAAUCUGACAUUUAAGCAAAAUCGCGUCGUGAAUACCGUGUUAGCGAGUGAAAUAAAGGCGAAAUAACGCGAAAAAACGAGAAUAACUCAUCGGAAUUUCUGAUAUCACACGCCUGUCAUCGUACGUACUGGUUGUGUACUCGUGCAUAUUCAACAUUUACAACGACUACGUCAUCACCGUCAACAUCAUACCAGUUGGUUUCUUGGUCAUCGUAUUGUUAUUUUUAGUAAUGCAGUGGAUUUGUGCGGAAUAAAAUAAAUUUUGUCACCAAACAUUACGUACAUUUAAAAAUAGUACGUAGAAAAGUAAAUAAACUGAUAAGAUAGUGAACGAGGGAAUUUUUUUGAUUAACCCUCCUCCUUUAUUUAUCUCGAUAUACACACGGCGAACAGGUUCAAGUCAUUCAGUGUGUUUCGCCGAUCGUGCACGAACGCAUCGUCUCCCAGUGUUAGAUAUCAAAAAAUACUCAAUGAUCAGAUAAUAGUUUAAAAAUACAUACAAGAGGCAAUAAAAUACACACAAAACACUUGAUUCAACAUACAUACAAAAAAAAAUGAGUGACGAUACGCGAAAAAUUUUGUCAAAAAUCAUCAUUGACAUCAUUUUGCUGUGCUUCGUUGGAUUUCCCAUACUGUUCUACUUCCUAUGGGGCUCGUCAUACAAACGCGGCUUCUUUUGCGACGAUGAGUCACUGAAACAUCCAUUCAAGGAAUCCACCGUCAAAAGUUGGAUGCUCUAUUUGUACGGAAUUGUCUUGCCCACACUCGCCAUCGUCCUCACGGAAUUCUUCCGUUGUCGUCGCAAGGGUGACACUCGCCGCUACCGCCUUUUCGACAUGAGCAUCCCCGAUUGGAUCAGCAACUCGUACAACAACAUUGGAAUUUUCGGCUUUGGAGCUGCUGCAACGCAACUUGUCGUUGAUAUUGCAAAAUAUCAAAUUGGCAGAUACCGCCCGCACUUUAUCAACUUGUGCAAUCCACGCUUUGAAGAUGGCUCGACUUGCGAUAAUCCCAAAAAUCUCGGAAUUUAUCACGAAAACUUCACGUGCGCCAAUCCUGACAUCACAACGCGACAAGAAAAGGAGAUGCGUCUCUCAUUCCCGAGCGGACAUUCCAGCUUUUCGGCAUACACGAUGGUCUAUUGUGCCAUAUAUUUGCAUGCACGUAUGAACUGGCAAGGCAGUAAGUUGUUGAAACACUUUUUCCAGUAUCUUUUGCUGCUAAUUACGUGGUACACUUGUUUGUCGCGCAUCUCCGACUACAAACAUCACUGGUCUGAUGUUCUUGCGGGGGCAUCUUUGGGCGUAAUUGGCGCCCUUAUCACAUCACAAUUCAUAUCCGACCUUUUCGCCAAGUACAAAUCGUCAAUGUUGCCAACGACACGUGUAAGUAACGAUCGACCGGAUCAUGUUUACCGGGUGCCGUAAGCAGUCUGUUACCGUACAAAAAAAUACGAAAGAAAUUCAGAACAAUAAUCUUCCCAGUUUAAAACUCUAAAAAUAAAAAAAACGUCAAUUAACAAUAGUUAUUAUUAUAUUAAAUAUUAUCAUCUGUUGUCAAUCAUGCAUUUCAAUUCCGUAGGGAGAUAAGUUAUGGUGCUAAGAAUGCAUUUCAUUGACUUUUAAAGUCAAUUUUUUUUUUCGCUAAAUUAUUCUUUAGACUUAGUUUAUUACAUAUGUUAAGCAAAAAU